GGCCUGCAGGCGCUGCUUGACCUGCAGUGAGCAAGCAUGACGGACAGGAGAGCAUUCACGCUGCAGCCUCUGGUGGAGGCUGGAGUCUUUGAGCCCGGGGAGAACGUGCUGAGUUGCUCUGUGGGUGGAGUUGAAUAUUUUGCAGACUUGGGACCGGCGGGCGAGAUUAUAUUCGAGGGACAGUUUUUCAAGAGCCCUUCCGCAUUCUCGGUGUUUGUCAAACGGAAGGUCAAUCCAUCGAGGAAAGCAGAUGACGGGUGGACCAGUUGCAAGUACAGAGGUGAGCUGCUGAGCAUCUACAGGCCCCAGUUGGAGAAUCUGCUGGGGGGCGACGGCAGAUCGGGCAUCACAGCCUCACCUCUGCGCAGCCACACGACAGCCAAAGCCCGCAAGAAGCGGACGGCCAGGAAAGAAGCGGAGUCGGACUACGAGGAAAGCAGCUACGAUGACGGGAUGGAACCAUCCGUGGGCCCGGGCAUGGACUACAGCGGCAGGCUCAGCCCGGGCCCCUACGAAGGCAACGGCUACGGCGAUGCCUUUACGACUACAUCGGCGCCGUCCCCCCGACGCACACGGGGCCGUUCGAGGAACGUGGUGAAGAUGGAGGACGAUGGCAUGCUGGAUGAGGAGGUGGAUGGGGGCCAGCAGAACAGGAGGCAGUGGCACCAGCAGCAGGCCAUCGCGCAGCACGCGCACGCCAUGCUGUCGCAGACCUACAACCCGCAGAUGACGGCCUACACCUUUGUGCAGUGCGAGAACCCAGACUGCACCAAGUGGAGGAAGGUCCCAGUCUCCACUGUGGACCCCCACGGCCGCUGGGUGUGCGCCAUGAACCCAGACCCAAGGUACAGCCAGUGCGGCGUUCCGCAGCAGUUUACGGACGAGGAGAUCGACGGACAGCUGGCGCAGACGGAGCACAGCCGCCACCUGGCAGUCUGCCGCCGGCCGCCGCUGGGGAUCUGCACGGAGAUCGAGUUUGAGGAGGACCUGUACGCCUUCCUCUCCCAGCGCGGCGAGGCCGAACUCGCCAACGACCUCCGCAACAAGCGUAUCAACUGCAAUAACCUGCCCAUCGACAUCUUUGGGCUGUACCGGGAGGUCGUACGCCACGGCGGCUUUGUGGACAACGAGCGCUACGACGACUACAACCGCUGGACCGGGGGCAUCAACUUCGGCGGCAAGGUCUUUCCGCGCAUGAAGAACUACACGCCGUACAACCGCGCGACGAGCGUGGGCAAUCAGCUACUCAACAACUACCGCAAGUUCCUGUUGGCGUACGAGCCGACGCAUUCGGAUGCGUUGGCGGUGCUUGCUGACGUGGCGGGCAGCGCGCGCGAAGAGAUGGAAGUCGCGGGGCAGCUGCAGCUACACUCACCGGAGCCGGCCAAGGCGCCGCCGCAGCGGGCGCGGUCCAAGCGCGGCGCCGAGAGCUUUGGAGAGGACGACGGCGGCCCGGCCAACGGCAGGAAACGCUCCAGGGUUGCGGAGGUGGCAAAGGGCCUCGACAACGACGCUUCGGUGCGCUUUGUUCCGGCGCUCCGCAAGAUCGAGUUUGGGUCAGGGAGGCAUUGGCCGGUGGUGGUGGCGGCUGUUGCGGAUCUGCCGCGCGGCGUGGCCGGCGGCGGCUGCGCGUCGGCUCCCGGUGUCGGCUUCCCGCUGGCUCUCGCUGACGUCAGCGCCAAGUGCAAGCCCGAGGAAGCCUACCCUGCACUCGUCAUGGGCACGCAGAUGAUGGGCUGGGUGGAGACGGGCUCCUGCCGCCGCUACAGCCAGUCGGCCGGUGACUCAGCGCUUGCCUCGCUGCCGCCGCCAGACGCCGGCCGCGGCGCGCAGCCGCAGGCGAUUCCCGGCAGUGACGCACACCUCAACUUCUUGUGCGCGAAAGCGCUCAAGUUCGCCUCGCAGUACUCCUCCUGCGCCGACCCCCAGCAGGCGAUAGCGCGGGGCCUGACGCAGGCGGCAGGAACGGCGCUGGUGGCGGGCCGGCUGCUGGAACUGGAGGCGCGGCUGCCGGCGGACGGCAGCGUGUGCACCUCAUCCUUCGGCGUCUGGCAGUCCUGGCGCAGAGCCGUCUCGCGCGCAGACACCGUCAACGAACUCGUGCCGCAGGUGCUGGCUCUGGCGCACCAAUUGAAUCCGGCGGUGCUGCGACGCGGCGCGGGGGAUUCUCUGUGGGACGAGUUGCGCUUCCUGCUCGACAUGCAGCCAGCGGAGCCCCCAACCCUCGACUCAGUCUCCGCGCAGAGCCAGGCGGGCGGCGCUGCUGGCCCCAGCGUGCUGAGCGUGGACGACGCGGUCAGCGCUCUCACAGACGCCGUCGAAUGGACGCGCAUUGGCCACUUCUCCCUGCCAGCGGCGAGCUCGCUGCCAACUCCGGGCGCGCAGGCGCCGCGGCUGCGCAACGGGAUGAAGCCGCAGCGCGAGCCACUCAAGCAUGCGCCACUCAAUGCAGCCUACGACGACAGCCGCGCGGUGAGCCCAUCGAGUCCGGGCGGCCACGGCUCGGGGUUGCCGCCGGCGCACCGGCGCGUUAUGCGCGAAGCCGAGCCGGCCAACUCGGGCCACUCCGGGCACACGCCGCGCGCGCAGCCGCUGCGGCCGGACGACACCAGCGCCGGAGCACAGCGCAGCGCAUUCAGCGACUUCCAGCAGGGCGGCGCCGAGGCGGCGCGGCCGGCAGUGCCCCGGGGAGCGCGCGGCGGCGGCGGCACGAGCCGGCUGCAGCCGGUCAGCCGCGACGCUUCUUUCGGCUCCGGCGCCUCACGCGAGCCGGCCGCCUCACCGCCCUCGCGGCUGGCGCCCCUCGGCCGGGACCUGCGCAGCGGCAGCUUCAAGUUUGCGCAGGUGCUACCGCAUGACGGGAUGGACGAGGGGGGGGAACACACGCGGCCGGCGGAGACCCCCCGCUAUCCGGGGGAGCGGCGCGGGGGGACCCACGACCCCUUCCGCAAGGAGCUGCUGGCCGACGUGGCCCUCGACCCGUACAAUGCAGGGACGGCUGAGCAGCACGCCUCUUUUGGCGGGGAGCUGGUGGGAGGGAACGAUACGGACGACGACCCGCCAGCUGUCAAUAUGCAUGCUGACGCGGACAUCGACGGCGACGCCAGCGGCGCAGCCGGCGGCAGCGGAGAUAACGGCCAGGGUGGAGCAGCAAAGCCGGACAGCUUUUCGACGGGCAGCGCAUAUCCCAGGGAGACGGAGGGGGAGGAACCCGGGGUACCCAGCAGGCCAGAUGACGCCGCCGAGGGAAAGGGACCCCCCAGCGGUGGCGCUGAUGGGCCUUCCGGCUGUGGUGUUAAAUCAGACGCCACAACGGCCACAGCAGAGGCGGAAGCGCCGACUCGCCAAUAUCCCCUCAUGCGGGAGGUCUAA